CGUGCCAAAUUGUUAUUGGACAGAGGAAAGCUUUCGAGAUUCGUGUAUCUCGACCUCUCUCGGUGGUUCCGCGAUGCGCUGGUGGUUUCUACCCCGUGCCAAAAUCUCUAUCAUCUCCGUCAGAAAGGACGUCGUCUCGUACUCCCCCGACGUCUCCCCAUUCCCCCUCCGUGCGAUGCAGAACGUCCAUGGCUGUGAUGGGACACGAGAAUCUUUCCGUGAUUGUGGCAGAGACCGGGUGGCCUAGCUCCGGGAUUGAUUAUGGCGAAGACGACGCGACGUUGCUGUAUAGCGAGAUGUUCUUGAAAGGUUUGUUGGCGCAUUUGAGGAGCGGUGGUGGGACGAAGAUGAUGGUGGUGGAGGGAAAGGAAGAAGAUUGGUGGAGGUUUUGGUUGGGUUCUUGGUGGGGGUGGUGAUGCUUUAUCUGUUGGUGUAAACGAGAGCCAUGUCUCUCUUCUCAGAUCUCGUCAACCUCAACCUCUCCGACUCCACCAAGCAAAUCAUUGCCGAAUACAUAUGGUCUCAUUAUCUCUGUUUCUUACUAUUGCUAUGAUCCAAAAGAUUUUGCCUUUGAUAUUGAUCUCUUCUUAUGUUUUGACGUGUACACCAUAAAGCUUGUCUCUUUCUUUGUUGUCGUUUUCUGAGUUUUUGAUAUGUUUGUAUGGAUUGUGAAUGAGCAGGAUCGGUGGAUCUGGAAUGGACAUUAGAAGCAAAGCCAGGAUGCAACACCGUUCCGUGAUGCAGUAAAGAAAACAAACGGAGAAGAGGAUAGCAAAUCCAGUUUACUUGUUGAUGAUCAUGGUUCCAUGCUGAAGCAAAAGGGAUUCAAUCACUAUGUGACAGAUACAUUAUACAGUGGUUAUUUAGGAGUAGAGCUCAAGUAUGAGAAAUUUAUGGGGCCUGUUUAUUACCAAAGGCUGCGUCACAUGGUCUCAGACAAGUUCCAGGUUAGAUCUACAGGAAUGGUUGAUCAGCUAACUCGUCAGCCAAUCAAAGGAAGGAGACGAGGUGGAGGGAUUCGAUUUGGUGAAAUGGAAAGAGACUCAUUGCUUGCUCAUGGAGCUUCCUAUCUAUUACACGACAGGCUCCACACCUCUUCAGAUCAUCACAUUGCGGAUGUGUGUUCCCUGUGUGGAAGCUUGCUGACUUCUUCGGUUUUGAACGUUCAACAGAAGAAGCUGAUUCGAGAGAUUGGAAAUUUACCACCUGGUAGGACUCCAAAGAAGGUAACUUGCGCUUCUUGCAAGACAAGCAAAGGGAUGGAGACUGUCGCAAUGCCGUACGUGUUCAGGUACUUGGCUGCAGAAUUGGCGUCAAUGAAUAUUAAGAUGACCCUUCAGUUAAGCAACAGUGGUGAAGGAAGCGACAGUGAAGGAGUCUAGUUCAUGGGGGCAUAUGUUUUAUGAAUAUUGUCUUAAAAUUUUGAUGGAUUAGCACAAUAUAUGCUUCUUCUACAACAACUUUAUUACUCUUGUUCCUUUUCUGGUGUUAAAAUGAUUUGUCUUAGAGAUUUAUAAACCAGUGGAUUUGAUUAUUCAAUACCAUUAAUCUGUAUGAUGACAUGUUUAAUCAAAUUGCUCGUUGUUUGUAGGAACAACAUUUGCAAUUGAGUGAUCCCAAGAACAUAAUCCAUUUCCAUUUAGAUUUAAGAUAUCGAGUUGGGGGGAAAAGAGUUAUUUGAUUAAAUAGUAAGGCUGUAAAUCAUACAAAUACUUGCAGGUUUUACAUCUAAACAACAUCUCUCUCUCUCUUAUUACACGCAUACUGAAGCAAAUACUGAUAAGAACUUGGCUCACUUUCCGGGAACGAAGUUGGUUGCGAAGGCCCAUGCGUUGUUGUUGACUGGAUCAGCUAGAUGGUCAGCAAGGUUCUCCAAGGGUCCCUUACCAGUGACAAUGGCUUGAACAAAGAAUCCAAACAUAGAGAACAUAGCCAAUCUUCCGUUCUUGACCUCCUUCACCUUCAACUCCGCGAAAGCCUCUGGGUCGGUAGCCAAGCCCAAUGGGUCGAAGCUGCCUCCUGGGUAGAGCAAGUCCUCGGCCUCUCCCAAGGGCCCGUUUCCUGCAACUCUGUAACCUUCAACGGCUCCCAUCAAGAUCACUUGAGUAGCCCAAAUAGCCAAAAUGCUCUGAGCAUGAACCAAGCUUGGGUUUCCCAAGUAGUCAAGUCCUCCGUCGCUGAAGAUCUGUGAGCCAGCCUUGAACCAAACCGCCUCUCCGAACUUGACUCCAUUCCUGGCCAGCAACCUCUCCGAACCAAGAUUCUUGCGUCUUCCCGGAGUUGCUGGCCAGGAAUGGAGUCAAGUUCGGAGAGGCGGUUUGGUUCAAGGCUGGCUCACAGAUCUUCAGCGACGGAGGACUUGACUACUUGGGAAACCCAAGCUUGGUUCAUGCUCAGAGCAUUUUGGCUAUUUGGGCUACUCAAGUGAUCUUGAUGGGAGCCGUUGAAGGUUACAGAGUUGCAGGAAACGGGCCCUUGGGAGAGGCCGAGGACUUGCUCUACCCAGGAGGCAGCUUCGACCCAUUGGGCUUGGCUACCGACCCAGAGGCUUUCGCGGAGUUGAAGGUGAAGGAGGUCAAGAACGGAAGAUUGGCUAUGUUCUCUAUGUUUGGAUUCUUUGUUCAAGCCAUUGUCACUGGUAAGGGACCCUUGGAGAACCUUGCUGACCAUCUAGCUGAUCCAGUCAACAACAACGCAUGGGCCUUCGCAACCAACUUCGUUCCCGGAAAGUGAGCCAAGUUCUUAUCAGUAUUUGCUUCAGUAUGCGUGUAAUAAGAGAGAGAGAGAUGUUUUUUAGAUGUAAAACCUGCAAGUAUUUGUAUGAUUUACAGCUUUACUAUUUAAUCAAAUAACUCUUUUCCCCCCAA